UACCAGGUAGCUACUGUCUUGUAUAAUUCGUUUGGUUUAUUGACUAAACACCGUUGCAAGCCCACAGCAGACGGUUUAAAACGCCGCUAGCCAGUAACAGUAUCAUGCUAACGAUGUCUCGUGCUUAUGGCGUUCUGCUUUCAGAAAUAUUAGGCUUAACAAAAGAUAAGUGGGCUAACUAAAACUGAAUGAUUAUACCUAAGUGGCAUUUAAAAAAAAUCAUAUUUACAUUAGCUGUAAAUAUGUAGUGGUGUUUUACCAAGGCCUAUAGGUCUAGCCUAUAUUUAUAAAACAAAAAAAACUUAGCUAGGCUAUACCACAACCCUUGGGUUAUUAUUUUAAACAUUAAAUAAGCCUCUGCAGCAGAGCAUAUAGCUCUGUGUUAGCUACUUUUUAAUCUAAAAUAAAACAGUAGUCUAUACAACGCUUGGAACAUUUGGAAAUGUAGCUAAGGUUCCAGUAGCCUACUGAGUCUUUGAAGGCAGAGCGACCGUUUUUAGGUUUGAAAGCAGAACAGCAGAUGUCACUACAGCCAAUAAACACUUAUCUUAACGUAUUUUACUACGAGGCACAGAGAGCGUCUAUAAGCCCCUAACUCCGGCAGGUGUUUGAUCAUUUUAUUGUAUACGCUUGUUUUAAUGAUAAACCAAAUUAAAUAGCUGGUGUUAAUCCAUCUACUGUCCACCCUCUCUGUUUGUGGCAACAGUUAUUGUGGAAUGGGAAGGUGUUUCGGUAUGUUAGGUAGGCUACACGGAAGUGUAAUUACAGCGCUUGUCGCUGUGCUUAAAUGACAGGAGGAGGCGUUGUGUGUCUGUUGUCAAAGACAGCCUCUUAUCACAGCUGGACCUCCAACAUGGCACCAAAAGACCCUCUACUCGGCACUCUCAAAUUGUGUGUCCUGAACCUGCAGUCAAAUGGAGAGAUGGUGUCAGACACCAACCCUCACCUCGCCUCCUGCUGUCAGCUUCUUGAGCUGGUCCUCAGGAAGGGGCUCCAACAGCCGGUUCUCAGUCUGGUACACAGAGACUACUGGCAGUGUUUUGAACAACUUACCCACCACGAUACCUGUGGCAGGCUGUCUGCCCUGUCUUUAAUAGUGGAGCAGACCAGAGUUUGCAGGAAGCUGCUCUCAGCUCAGGGCCGAGGCCGCUACCUGCUCAGACUGGCCCUCAGCCGCAAGGCUCUGCCACAGUUCAUCACACACCUGCUGCACACACCCAGAGUCCUGGAGUGGUACAGUCCAGCAAUGUCAAUCCUAAGGAAUGAGGAAUUUGUGGAGCCUUUCAUGUCGCUGCUGCUGGUCCUCUCUCACAUGGAGUUCAAACUGGACAUGGAGAAUUGCAGUUUUCUGGAUGAAAGCUGGCUCCUACCGGUGUGUGAGACAUAUGAAGUAGUGCCCUGUCGGGAGGUAGGGAUGGUGUUGAGGUAUCUGAGUGGGCGCGUCUUCGUCCUCGACUUGAUGCCUGGUAGUCAGGCUCAUGUCGACAACUUUAUCUCUCCUGGUGACAUCAUUGAUGAGAUCAACGGAACCUCGCUGAGGAAUUCCAAGAAUGGACAGGCAGGUGUGCUUCUGUCUCGCCUAAAGGGCUGCCCUCUAUCCAUUGGUGUUCUGCGGUUGAGGGCUCAGGAUGGGACAGUGUAUCUGCCCCUUAUCAAACUCCUGCAGACCCUGAGGAUGGAGGACCCCACCCUGCAGAUUGGUCCCGCUCCCUCCCAGCAGUCAGCUACCAAGGACCAGAGAAACUCUCCAUCACAGUGUCUCAAGGAGGGAAGGAUUGUGUACAUUGUGCAGUUCUUGGGAAAGGCAAACGUAAUGUUGGGGGGAAAGGAGGUGCUGCAGCAUGCCAUUACACAAGUGUUGCAGAAAAACCUACCUAGCAAGGAAGUGCUAUUGGAUAUGAAAGAAACGCAUUUGACAUGCACAGAAAGAAACAGUAAAUCGGAGCUGUUUCAGCAUCACUAUCCAGAGAUUUCAUGUGUAGGGAGAUUCGGCCAAGGGGACUACACAAUAUUUGCAUUCUGCGUGGCUGGCUCCCCAGAAACCCCUCAGUCAACAGGCUUCUGCUGCAUGGCACUGAGGGCCAGCACUAUCAAGGAGUGCCGUAUUGGUGAGGAACAAUUAUGCACGCUCUAUACAAGAAAUUCAUAAUUUACAUUAGUUUUAGAGACCUUAAAGCCAUGUUGUAUUCUUCUUACAGCUACUGGUUUCAAGCAUACAGAGUGGUUUGUAUGACAACUCAACUAUUGUGUAUAGAGGUGUAAAUAAAGUCUAUCCAGAUCAUG